AUGAAAUUUCUCAUCUGCUUGGCUCUCCUCUUCGCCGUCGCCCAGGCUAACCCCGGUAUCGUGGCACCUUUGACCUACUCGGCUGUGCCCUCCGUGGCCACCUAUGCUGCAUCCCCAUAUGCUUACAGAUCUUAUGCCGCACCUGCCGUUGCCGCCUACUCACACCUUGUUGGGCCAGCUGUGUACAGUGCACCGGUCGCCCGUGUUGCCGCUGUGGCUCCCGUUGCUCGUGUAGCUGCGGUCGCUCCUGUCGCCUACUCCGCUCCAGUCAUCUCAACACUCUUGAAGAAAUAA